UGUUGAACGAUUCGCAGAACCUUUUCCGGUUACCUUAUCAACAGCUGACGAAAUGUCAUCAAAGUCAAGACAAAAGCAACCUGCGUUCAAGGGAAUUUCCGCUUCCGAUGAGAUGAAAUAUAAGAGGAAAUACAGAGAGCUUAAAAAAAAGAUCCGGGAAAUGGAAGAGGAAAAUGAAAAAUUGACUCUCAAAUUAACUAAAGCAAAAAAGAAUAUACAACGAUUGAAGAUAGAACGAAGUUUUCUGUUCGAUCGGUUAGAACAGUCACAACCCACGAAUGAGUCUGAAUCAGAGCCAUCAUCUUCGCCACAAAGAGUGAUAGAUUCUGAGGAGGAGUUAUCUUCGGUGGGUAGUGAUGAUAAUGAUGAUAAUGGUUCACAAACUACUUUCAUUAAAACUGCUUAUAAAGCUAAAUUUGGCGCGUUCAAAGAGGGAUCAGAGCUCUUACGACAAUUUAUUGACAAGAAAGGGAAAUCAACAUUCCAGGAAGAGUUACUCGAAGACCAACGUACAGGCAAACGUAGAAGACAAAAUAGGGACCCUAAUGCGCCUAAACGACCAAGAAAUGCUUUCUUAAUGUAUUGUCAAAUGCAACGUGAACAAGCGAGAGAGGAAAAUCAAAACAAAGGGUUUCAAGACAAAUACUAUGACAUGUACAAGCAAGAAAGACAACGUUAUGAAAAGGAAAUGUUUAUAUAUGCUGGCGGAAUAAAUUCGGACUAUGUUGGUGAUGAACUAGAUUCC